AUGGGAACACUGGAAGGCCUGGUGGCUCAGAUCCAGGCGCUGUCGGGGGAUGCCGACCUGGGCAGCCUGCAGAAUGUGCUCAAAUCGGUAGCCCAGGACAACGUGAUGCGGCAAAGCGCGGGCGGCCUGCUGACGGCGGUGGCCAACCUGGAUGCUGCUGCUCACUCCUUAGGCUGCCUCCACUUGCUCGAGGCCAAGGCCCGCAGCACCAAUGCGCAGCAGGGUGAUGGCGAGUUCCUCGAGGCCGCCUGCCGCUUCCUGCUUGCCUGCACCGCCGCUCAAGUGCGCCUGGCGCCCAGCAAGUGUGAGCGCACCGGCAGCAGGGCGUGGUCGCAGGUCACGGCGCUGUGCCGCGCGGUGAAGAGCCACUGCCUGGCCUUCAACCAGCCCAAGCGGGGCGUGCUGCCGCUGCGCGCCGCCGUGGCCAAGCUGUGUCCCUCAGCAGACUACCUGUCACCCGUCCAUGGCGACCUCUUCCAGCUCUGCUUGAUUUCCAAGUGUUACAACGGGGCAGGGGCGGCGCUGGAUGCUGAUGUGUACAGCGUGGAUCCCUCCAAAACAGCCACCACGCCAACCGAUGUGCUGCUCUACUGCUACUAUGGAGCGCUGCUGGAGAUUGGCAGGCGGCGCUACGCUCGUGCCCUGGAGCUGCUGCUGGCGGCACUGACGGCCCCUCAGAUGGUGCUCAGUGCUAUCACCGUGGCCUGCCUCAAGAAGUACAUGCUGCUCAGCUUGAUGGCCACUGGCAGCGUGCCAACUCUUCCCAAGCACACGUCAGCGCUGGUCACGCGAGCCAUCAAGAGCGAGUGCGGCCCCUACUCUGAUCUGGCACGGCUGUGCGGGCAGGAUAAGAGCGCGGCGGAGCUGGCGACGUUUGCCCAGGGCAAGCAGCGGGAGUUUGAGCAGGACGGGAAUGUGGGCCUGGUGCGGCUGGCAAUUGAGGGUCAGGCUCGGCGGCAGAUCCAGAAGCUGACGCAGACCUAUCUCACGCUCAGCCUGGCCGACAUUGCGGCGCAGGCGGGACUGGGCGGGUUGGCAGAGGCGGAGCUGGCAGUGCUGCGCAUGAUGGAUGCGGGGGAGGUGUCGGCACGCAUCAGUGAGCGGGACGGCAUGGUGCACUUCUUGGAGGAGGAGGAGUCGUUCCACACAGAGGCCAUGACGGCAGCGCUGGACUGCCUGAUCGCGCGCUCAGUGGAGCUGGCAGACAAACUGAUGGCCUUUGACGUGGCCAUCUCCUCAGACAGGGCCUACAUCACCAAGACUGAGCUCAAAAGCCAGCGUAGCAAGGACACCCUGGGCCCGGCGGCCGGGACGGUGGCACCCGCAGCCGUGGAGCAGGCUAUGGAGGGCUUCAAAUGA